AUGGCAGAACUACAUGCUCGGCUGGCCCGACUCGGCCCAACCAUCGAGCGACUCAUGUCCAUCGGCGGAACGCCUGGCCUCGCUCUCGGCGUAGUCUGCUUGGACAAGCCAGUUUACUACGCCAAUUACGGCUUUCGAGACGUAGAUAAACAGCUCCCGGUUACACAGGAUACCAUCUUUCCUGUCUGCUCCCUUGCCAAAGCAGUCACAUCUGCUGCCAUGGGCCUACUUGUCGACGGCAAAAAGGCCACAUGGGACAGCCCAAUCCGCGACGUUCUGCCCGCGUUCCAAUCUACUAGUCCGAUGCUACAGGAAAAUACCACUCUAGGCGACAUCCUUUCUCACCGCACAGGCAUGGGCUGGGCCGAUAAUCUGAUCCUUGGCACAGACGGCAAUGUUCUUCUCCCGGGCAACGACUUGAUCAAGUUUGUGAACCAACAAUCCCUCCAGUGCCCCUUCCGCGCCCAGUUCGGCUACAACAACUUGCACUAUGAGCUUGCGGGGCGCGUCAUAGAGCAUCUAAGCGGCCAGUCUUACGCCGACUUUGUCCAGGAUCGCCUCUUCAAACCUCUUGGAAUGGAUCGCACUGUAGUAAGCACUCCAUCGGCUGACCUUAAUCCCAUCACUAUCAACUACAACGCCCUUGACGAUGCAACCCCUGCUCCGAUCAAGUUUCUUGGUAUGGGCGACAACGGAUAUGGAGCUCCCAGUGGUGGCCUGCGGUCUACCGUCGAAGAUCUCGCCAAGUUUUAUGGCGCUUUUCUUCAAGGCAUCCACAGUCAAUUUGAGAACGGCGGUUCUUCAUCGGGAACCUCCAUUCUCAAGCAACUCCCUCAGAUCACGUCAGCUAAGAUAGCUAUUGACCAGCCGUCAAAGCACGAAUCUGCCUACGCCUUUGGGUGGGCCAGAGUGCAGCUUCCUGGCCGCAUGGGUCAGAUUGGGCUGAACCCAGGCCUUUUGCCCGAUGGCAUGCCCCUCGUUGGCAAAGGUACUUCCCAGCUUGUCAUUUAUCAUCAGGGGAGCCUUCCCGGAUCCCUCGCCCUGGCAGCAUUGCUUCCCGAUCUCGACAGCGCCGUCAUUGUACUCACCAACUCGCUAGCUCUGAAUGACGUGGCAGAUUGGGUAGGGCAGCUUGUGAUUGAAGAACUUAUCAACGUGACUUCUGAUCUCAAAAAUGACUUUAUUAGCCUAGCCGAGAAGGCAGUCGCCAAGAAUCUCGAAUGGUAUCCCUCAGUUGUCGAAGACCUGAAGAAGGGCCAAAAGUCAGGCACGCAGCCUAAGCCUUAG